AUGGCUACCUUUACCAAAUUAUUUUUUACACUCUCGAUUUUUCAUCUCUUAGCUUGUUCUACCAAUGCACAACUUAUUGAUAACUUCUAUGACCAAACUUGUCCUUGCCUUCAAACCAUUGUGCGCAAUACAAUGACCAGUGCUAUCAAAAAAGAAGCCCGUAUUGGGGCUUCUAUACUCCGCUUGUUCUUCCAUGAUUGUUUUGUAAAUGGAUGCGAUGGAUCAAUUUUAUUGGAUGAUACUGACACCUUUAUCGGUGAGAAAAAAGCCCAACCUAAUAACAACUCAGUCAAGGGUUUCGAAGUGAUUGAUAACAUUAAAAACAGUGUUGAAGCUUCAUGCAAUGCCACUGUCUCUUGUGCCGAUAUUCUAGCACUUGCAGCAAGAGAUGGAGUAGUUCUGCUUGGAGGACCCUCAUGGACAGUACCACUUGGAAGAAGAGAUGCAAGAACAGCAAAUCAAAGUGCAGCAAAUAGCCAAAUCCCUAGACCAUCCUUUAACCUAACCAGACUCACUACAAUGUUUUUAGCCAAGGGUCUAACUGCAAGUGAUCUCACAGUACUUUCUGGUGCACACACCAUAGGCCAAGGAGAGUGUCGAUUGUUCAGAACUCGCAUAUACAAUGAAACCAACAUUGACACAAACUUCGCAACCUUAAGAAAAUCCAACUGUUCUUUUUCUAGUGACAAUGACACCAAUUUAGCACCACUUGAUACUCUCACUCCAACAAGUUUUGACAACAAUUAUUAUAAAAACCUUGUUGCAAGCAAAGGUCUAUUCCAUUCUGAUCAAGUCCUUUUCAAUAAUGGGUCUCAAGAUAAUUUGGUUAGGAGUUAUAGUACCAAUGAGGCUGCUUUUUCUACAGACUUUGCUGCUGCUAUGGUGAAACUGAGUAAAAUCAGUCCUCUCACUGGGACUAAUGGGGAGAUCAGAAAGAAUUGUAGGCUUGUGAAUUGA